AUGGCAAAACUCAGUGACUUAUCGAUCAAGGCUCUUCGCAGCCAGCUGCAUUCCGCCUCGGUGUUAACCCCGGAUUCAGAUGGCUAUCAAGCAAGUCUGACUCGGUGGUCCGACACUGGCAUGAAACCCGCGGGCAUUGUGGUCCGGCCAGUUGACCCAGCGGAUGUCAGUAUCGCAUUGUUGUGGGCACAAGACCAUGACAUCGAAGUUGCGGUGAAAGGGGGCGGUCAUUCCACUGCUGGUACCAGCUCCAGCGACGGUGGCCUGGUGAUUGAUCUGUCAUGCAUGAAUCACGUCACAGUUGACUCCUCUAGUAGGACAAUUACCGCCCAGGGUGGCGCGACAUGGAAGGAAGUUGACGAAGCAGGUGCGGCCCAUGGUUUGGCGACGGUCGGGGGAACUGUGAAUCACACGGGAGUUGGCGGAUUGACUCUCGGCGGUGGAUAUGGGUGGCUAAGUGGGCAGUAUGGUCUCACGAUCGACAAUCUUCUCUCUGCGCGGGUUGUGCUUGCUGAUGGAACGCUUGUGACGGCAUCAAAAUCAGAGCACACUGAGCUGUUUUGGGGAUUACGCGGAGCGGGCUACAAUUUUGGUGUUGUGGUUGACUUUACCUACCAGGCGUACGACCAAGCAGAACUGGUCUUCUCUGGGGUCUUAGGAUUUACACCUGAUAAGCUCGAACAGGUGUUUGAGCAACUCAAUGGCAGCCUCGCGAGUCCUGACUCUCGCUCUGGGGCUAUGUGUUUCUUCGCCCUGGCUCCAGAUGGAUCGGGUCCGAUCAUCAUCGUGAUCUGCUUCUACAAUGGCAGUCGCGAAGAAGGCCAGGCACGGUUUUCUGGACUCAUUAACCUGGGCCCUGUCCUCAACGCUCUGGAUAUGAUUCCCUAUUCCAUGGUGAACACUCUCCAGAACCCCCAAGCCACUUACGGUGACCGGAAAUCCUUCAAAGGAAUCUUCUAUGAGCCACCGAUGGAUCUGAGCUUUGUGCGGACUAUGUUUGAAGAUUUAAUGGCCAAGAUACAGAGCGACAGCGACUUGAUCAAGUCCGCCAUUAUUCUUGAAUUCAUGGACAUGCGCAAAAUUUGCGAAACCCCCUUAUCAGCAACUGCGUUAGCAAGCCGUAACUCAACUCAGAAUGGGAUCAUCUGCCUUCGAUGGACCGACCAGACCAAGGAUCAAGAACAUCGCGCGUGGGCACGUCAAAUCCAAGCCAAAUGGAAAGCUGAGCUGGACGCGAAGACCAAGGGUCGCCAGGCAGAAGUACCACAAUAUAUCAACUAUGCAGAGCCGGGAGACUCGGCGGUUUCAAACAUCUAUGGUGAGAAUCUCGAACGUCUGCAAACCGUCAAAGCCACGUACGACCCGAAGAAUGUGUUUCAUAAGAUGCACCCGAUAUCCGCAGCUUCAACUUAG